AUGACUACCGUCCAGAAAAAAAACUUGAUCUCGGGCACCUACACGAUUAAGGCCAGAAAGGAUUGCUCCCUUGUCUAUCCUGUCAAUAGAACACCAAGUUGGGAGGCGUCAUUCUUUUACGCGAAAGUUGACGAAGCGUUAGUCGUCGACAUGACCAGAGAUUUUAGGAACGAGUGGAGCAGAAGCAUCUAUCGGAACGUUCAGCUCGGUGCGUAUCCAGAAAACUACCACGAAAAUCUUCAGAAGAUUAGGGCUGUUGGAAUACGGCAUUGGCCUGAAAUACAUCGCCGAAGAGUCGAAGCCGCCAUUACUCGCAUUACAAACGCUAGUUGGAGAAGAGAAAACCUUCAAAGGGAGAGAUCGAUAGAGAUGGCUCCGACUCAAGUGAACGCACCUAGCCUUGCCACAAGGCUCAAGGCUAAAAAGGGUGGAAGCAAAGAUCAGGGCCCUUCUCCUUCUCGGUCUGAGCGUACAGAUCAGGCGACAGUGGUUCAAGAGGAGACUGAGGUAGAUCCUCAACGAGAUGCAAACCUCGAGUCUGUUGCUGAAGGUGAGAUUGCGACUCAGAUCGCUGAGCAUGAUCCUGAACUCGAUACGGAGAAUCAAGUGGAACCUCGCCAAACAGAUGACGAAGUUGAGGAAGCCACGCAAUCGAAGGAGAAGGAGGAAGUCGAGGCUGCUCGCCUUGCUAAAGAGGAAGAGGAGGUCACCAAGGCUAAGGCGAAAGGGAAAAGGAAGAAGCCUUCAGGAGAGAACAAUGAUGGUGAUCAAGUCGGCAGCGAAGAGGCGAGCAAACAAACAAAAUUCGAUCCAUUUGGUGAUGAUAAAGCCAAGGAAAUCGAUUGGAUUUUUUCGUUCGAGUAUCCCAAAUCGAGCGAACCAUUUGUCAACAACAUCGACAAAUGUGCUGAGUUAUUCGAGAUGAUAAGGGGAUCUACCGCUGAAGUCCUUGCUAGCUCCGACGGGGCUUUUAAAGAUAUGGUGAGCUUCGCCUUCAAGUUCAUUGCGAGCUGCAAUCGCACGAGGGGGCAAUACAUGCGCUGGCUUCGGAACGCUGCUACUCGGCUGAAAAAUACCCAGGCUGCCGGUCAGAAGGCAGUGAACGAGCGUGAUGCCACUAUUGCUCAGCGGAGGGUUGCCGAAGAUAAUUGGCAAACCAUGAAAAGAAGGGCGGAGCAGCAGGAUGCCGGGGUAAAGGAGUUGACCGAGAAGAUCGAGGCGAUGAGACUGGAGAAUCUAGACUUAGUCAAGAAUCUUCAAUCGGUUAACGAGGCAAAGAUCCUAGCCGAGAAGUCGAUCGCUACCGAGGUCGCUCGAGCAAAGCGACAUGCUGAGGAGAAUAUCGAGAUGGAAACCACUCGAAUCUGGGUGGAGGCUGAGGCUAAGUAUUUGGGUCGCAUCGACCGGCUGAGGACUCGCGUCGCGGAACAAGAGGCGAUCGAGCGGGUGAAGCUUGAUCUCGUUGCUCGAGGUACCCUGGAAUGCCUCGAUCUUUUGAAGGAGAAAGAGAUGACUGAAGCGGAGCUGAGAGCCGAACUCGAAGCGACGAAGUGCGACUGCGAACUGAAGCUGGAAAACCUCAGUCUAGCCGAUCUUGAGGAGGGUGACUUACCCCCGCCUUUUCCUGACACCCCAAAUGGCGGCUCGCACAGCGAUGAUGAUGAGCAUCGAGAAGAUCUCGAAGGCGAUGCUCAGUCUUAG